CGGUGAGUCGGAGGCCGCGUACCCGAUCUGGCUUCACUUAGGGUGCCAUUACAUGAAGCGCGAAAACGCGGAAGAGAAUUGUAGCUAGAAAAGUAACUAUUCCGCGUUUCCGCGAAUUGAGUCGUUUCUUUCCGCACACUUGAGCGGAAUCCGCGGAAUCCGUUACCGUGUGUGCACGUGGACUCAACAAAAGUGUAUAGAAAAUAAAAAUUUUCUAAAUGGAUGGUCCAGCAACAAAGUGUGGCUAUUGCGGCUUCAUUUUAAGGGGGUGGAACAAUUUUGGACCACCAUUGUUUCAAGACAUACAAUGAAACUAUACAUGUUAUAAAUGUUAACAGCAAUGCUGUGGUUACUAUGAGAAAGAGACAUCAAACUGAAAGUGUUGUGCAACAUGAAGGAGCUUCACAAUCUGAAACGCAAUCAGUACUCACACAAGACGAGUUACUAAUUGAACUGGUGCGGACUCGAAGAGGUUUAUGGGAUCAUUCAAUUCCAAUAACCGAAAGGACAAGAUUAAAAAAAGAAAGUUUAUGGCAAGAAAUUGUAAACGCAUUUGAUGGAUCUCUGUCUAUGGAAACAGUUAAGCAGAGAUGGAAACACCUGCGAGAUUCGUACAUAAAGGCUAGAAAGAAGAUGCAAGGAUACGUACGAAGCGGAUCAGGAGCAGAAUCUGGCCAUCCUUUACGAAGUUCGUUUGCUCAUUAUGAAGAAAUGAGGUUUCUCGAUGAUACCGUAAAGACGACACCAACUGUCAGCUCCGUCCAGCACCUUUUGGAAGCAAAUUCAUCCCAUGUUGAAGAUAUGCAAGUGGACAUGACUGCUGAAAAUUCUACAGAUCUUGAUGAUUCCAUACAGGGUGUUUCAUAUUCACCGUCAGAUUCAUCACAAUCUGCAUUGUCAGGAACAAAAAGGAAAAAUGUGCAAAGGCAAGCUGAAAUUGAGAAUAAAUUUCUUAGUAUCAUUGACGAAGUAUCGAGCAAAAAACGUGAUGUAGUGGACAGUUUUUUGGACCAGCUUGGCGACAUUCUACGCCGACUAUCCUACGUACGACGCAGAAACCUGCAAAGAAGGCUUAUGGAUAUUGCCAUAGAAGAGGAGGAUGCCGAGCUUGGGGAGAGGGCGAGUGCCAAAUAGAUACGUUUUGUUUAAUAUAAUACAUUGUUCAAUUCGUGUAAUAUGUAAGUUAUAAAGAAUAAAAUAUAUAUUUCUAUUCAAUUUA